AUGGCGUCCCCGCACAAACGUUCCGAAACAGACUCGCUGCUGCCUCCAGCACCUCCGUCCCCCUCUCCCAUCCCAGCCAAUAACGAUGACGACGAGGCGGAAGAAGACAGUGACACGUUAUCGUCCAAUCAGGACGUCGUAGCCAGUGACGCGCCAAGUCGGCGAUACUUGGCGCUGACGCGCACUGCGUCAGCCCUCCGCUCGCCGUCGUCCAUCCUGCGGUCGCCUGCGCCUCGCUAUGCACGGCUGGCCUCCACCCCGCAACCGACCAAUCACCACCACCGCUCAGCGCUUCCCGUCCAUUCAUUGGCCAUUGAACCCACGUACGGCGUCAUGCGGACGCACUCGUUCCCGAGCGAUCUCUACUCGGGCGCCCGCUUCUCCCGCUUCGAGAUCGAAGAAGCGCUGCGGCAUCGCAAUGGCACGUCGCUCUUGGACUGGCUCAAGGGCAAAGGCCGGACGCCGUUCUCAGCAGCGACGCGGCACAAAGAGCAGCAGGAAAAAGACGAAGAAAAACGAGCCAAAGCGCAGCAUCGCGAGUCGUUUAGUUACGACUUUUUCGAGAGUCGCGUGAACAUGCAGCACGACCAGGAACAGACGGAGAGCGGCAUCCGCUCGUUGAAUAUCGCGCGCUGGGUCAUGACGUUCUUAGUGGGACUGGGCACGGCGCUUGUCGCGUGUUUCGUCGAGUUUUGGACGUCGUUGUUGUCGACGUUUCGGACCACGACAACGGCGUCGUUUGUUGCUGCAGAAGUCGAAGGGUCCUACAGUUUUGGGGUUGGCUUCUUGGUCUACGUGCUCAUUAGUGUGGCUUUUGUGGCUGUGGCAAGCUAUUGUGUAGCCAUUCUCUGUCCUGUCGCUGGAGGCUCGGGGAUCUCGGAGAUUAAGGCGACGCUGAAUGGAAUCAAGAUCCAUCGAGUUGUCCGGCUCAAGACGCUGUUCUGUAAAGCUUUUGGGAUCCUCUUUAGUGUGGCGGGGGGACUUCCUAGCGGCAAAGAGGGUCCUAUGAUCCACAGUGGUGCAGUUAUCGGGGCUGGCUUGUCGCAGGGCAAGUCGUCGAGUUUUGGACUGGAUACGAGCUGGACAAAGUUCAAAGGCUUUCGUAACGACAAGGAAAAGCGUGAUUUUAUCUCGUGUGGAGCUGCUGCUGGUGUUGCGGCGGCGUUUGGUGCGCCGAUCGGCGGUGUUUUGUUUGCACUGGAAGAAGGCGCUUCGUUCUGGCACCAGAACCUCACGUGGCGCACGUUUUUCUGUGCUAUGGUGUCUGCCUUUGUGCUAAACUACUUUAUGUCGUUUAUCGAGGCUAGCGAGUCGGAUGAGGUGACACCUGACGCGGGGCAUGUGUUCAUCGGCGGCACUUUGGGUACCCAGACGGGCACAUUUACGUUUGGUCAGUUCAAAGGAAGCAAAGCAUACGAAGUGCUUGACGUGCCCGUGUUCAUUGUGAUGGGAAUGCUAGGUGGACUCGUAGGUGCUGCAUUCAAUGGAGCAAACACGGUACUGACCAAGUUUCGCAAGCGUUACGUGACCCACCGUUACCUUCGUUUUGGAGAGGCACUUUUGAUCGCUUUCUGCAUGGCGACGGCGUCAUUCUGGCUGUCAUACUACUUUGGCACGUGCAAAGACCUUGCUGGCGACUACAGUGACUCGCUUUCGCGUUUCUACUGUCCGGAAGGUCAGUUCAACGAUCUAGCGUCGCUCUUCACUGUGAAUUACGCAACGAGCAUGAAGCAGUUGUUGCACUUUACGGGUGAUGAGAGCUUCACGCCGUUCUCGUUGUGUAUGUUUUUCGUCAUCUUCUAUGCGUUUGCGUGCUGGACCUACGGUAUUGCUGUGCCGUCAGGUUUGUUCGUGCCCAGCUUGCUUGCUGGCGCAGCCUAUGGUCGUAUGUGUGUGAUGUUUGUGCACUACAUCGGCUUUCCUGUUGGCGCUCAAGAUGGAAUGUUUGCUCUCAUUGGUGCUGCUUGCAUGCUCGGUGGCAUGGCAAGAAUGACCAUCUCGCUUACCGUGAUCAUCCUCGAGUGCACCGGCGUGAUCGAGUGGGGUCUUCCCAUCAUGGUAUCCCUGAUGGCUGCUCGCUGGGUUGGUAACAGUUUCAACGAGGGUUUGUACGACAUCCACAUCCAUCUGAACCACCUGCCGUUUCUUGAGUUUGAUCCGCCAUAUUACGCUCGCUUCCUGCGUGCCCUCAACAUCAUGAGUUCGCCUCCGACAUGCGUACCGCAGAUUGCCAAGGUUGGUGAGAUUUACGACGUGCUCAAGAAUUGCAAUCAUGGUGGGUUCCCGGUAGUUGUGCCGCGCAGUCAGGACGCGGCGGGUGGUGGGAAGAGACCUGAAUUCGGUGCUCGGCACAAGUCGCCUCGCUUCUCCGGUAUCAUCAAUCGACACCAUAUGGCUGUGCUGCUCCAGCGCAAAGACUUUUUCGUCGAGAAACCAGAGCCUUACGUUCGCACUCCUGCUGGUGACACGACGCUGCUGUACAACGAUCAGUAUGCACUGUCGUAUCGUGAUAUGGAGGGGAGCUACCCACGGUAUCCGUCCGUUUACGAAAUACAGCUGGAUGACGACGAGCGGGAUUUGUGGAUGGAUCUCACGCCGUACAUGAACCCCACUCCACACAUUGUUCAGGAGCAGACGCCCGUGCCGCGUACCUUCCGACUGUUCCGGUCUUUGGGGCUGCGACACCUCAUUGUGCUGAAUCGACGUAACGAGGUACGUGGUGUGAUCACACGCAAGGACCUGACGCCGGCACACCUCAAGUUUUGCCUCGAGGCGCUGAGUGAGGAGGAGAAGCUGCGCAUUCAAGGCUAUUUCCACCGCGACCGAGCUGGGUCUGAGCGAUUUGAGGACGUUGAGAAGAAGCUGAUUCGUAUCAAUGACAACUCCUAA